GUCCGACUCGACAAUCGUGUCCGACUCGACAAUCGUGUUCGACUCGACGAUCGUAUUCGAUUCGACGAUCGUGUCCGACUCGACGAUCAUGUUCGCCUCGACUAUCGUGUUCGCCUCAACUAUCGUGCUAGACUCGACGAUCGUGUUCGACUAUCGUGUUCGACUCGUCUAUCGUGCUAGACUCGACGAUCGUGUUCGACUCGACGACAGGGCACUCGACGAACGUGUUCGACUCGACAAACGCAGUCGACGAUCGUGGCACUCGACGAUCGUGUUCGACUCGGCGAUCGUGUUCGACUCGACGAACGUGUUCGACUCGACGAUCGUGUUCGACUCGACGAACGUGUUCGACUCGACGAUCGUGUUCGACUCGACGAUCACGUUCGACUCGACGAUCGUGCUCGACUCGACGAUCGUGCUCGACUUGACCACCGUGUCCCUCUCGGCGAUCGUUGUCCGAAUCGACGUGUUCGACUCGCCUAUCGUGUUCGACUCGACGAACGCAAUCGACGAUCGUGUUCGACUCGACGAUCGUAUUCGACUCGACUAUCGUGUUCUAGUCGACGAUCGGGCAGUGUCGUGUUCGACUCGACUAUCGUGUUCGACUCGACGAUCGGGCAGGGUCGUGUUCGGCUCGACUAUCGUGUUCGACUCGACGAUUGGGCAAUAUCGUGUUCGACUUGACGAUCGUUUUCGGGUCGACUAUCGUGUUCGACUCGACGAUCGGGCAGUGUCGUGUUCGACUCGACGAGCGUGUUCGACUCAACUGUCGUGUUUGACUCGACAAUCAGACAUCGGGCACGAUCGUGUUCGUGUCGGGCACUGUCGUGUUCGACUCGACGAUCGGGCACGAUCGUGUUCGACACGACGAUUGGAGACGAUCGUAUUGGACUCGACGAUCGGGCGCGAUCGUGUUCGACUCGACGAUGGGGCACCAUCGUGUUCGACUCGACAACCGGAAGUGCCACGUGGCGUUACGUGGUUGAAUUUGGGCUGUGUGGUUGUGUCCUCACCGUCCGAUCCUUCAAACUCGGGGUGCUCCGCUGUGGUUGUGUGUCGCGAUCUCGGGCCGUAUGCUCGCUACGUCGUCGCGCUGAACACGCCUCUCGACAACGCUGUGGUCCGCCGUCACGUCGAGCAGGUGGUCGGCUAUGCACGGACCGAAUCCCUGCGCUCCGUUGCCAUGCUGUACACGAGCCUCCACUACGCUGCGCUUGGUCCGCUGUUUUACUGUCGCAAGCACGUCUCCUGCAUGGCUUGUGGUGUGCAUGCUAUGCCACGGCAGGCUUGCAGCACAACCUCGGAAAGCAUGGACUGUGUGACGUCUAAUACAAUUCUCAAUGAGGAUUUUCCUCCACCACAACUGCCAAUGUGUUCACUAGAUGUUCGAAGUGGUCACGAUUAUGUCGAUAAUGCUCCGGAAUCUCCUGCUCGUAAGAGGUCACGAAAUAUUGCGUGUGCGGACACUACAUGUGAAAGUGCGUAUCCCGUCCUUCGAUGCCCGGUUCGAACCUGUGAUGCAGAGAGUGCUCAAGGUCAGGAGGGUAAGGCCUCCUCUACUGACAACGACGCAUCCGAUGUAGAUCGUGUUAUAUGGGUGCCGAGGAGUUCACUUCGAUAUUUCGAGUACACGGGUCUUUUGUUUGGUGAGGGUGAUGAAGGUGGUUCAGAUUCAAGUGCUUCGGUGUCGUCUAGUGCUGAUAGUUAUCCGGAUAAAACCGAUCUUCCGCAAACGUACGCUGACCGGAACAGUGACCACUGUUGUCGAAAUGACGAUGAGAAUUGUGACGUGAUCUCUGAUUUCGAUGACAUUUUUCCAAAAUGUCUGUCCCCAGAGAAGCGUCCUUAUACAUUUCGUCUCAGAAUGCCCCGGUCAAAGAAGAUUCUGCAAUCAGUUCAUAGAAAACUCACCAAAAAAGCACUGGCGAGUGUGCGUGGGCAGGUUUGCUGUAAGCGAGAGUGUUGCGCUCAAAUGACCCUGGACGACAUCAAAGCUGUCCGGAGCGCAUACUAUUAUAAGAACCAGCAGAGCAGGGAUGCGUGCUGGGUUGAAACGUUGAAGAGGUUCACCUUCAUAGAAGAUGAAAAGGAGAUUGUUCAACCUAUUGUGGGGAGACGAAAGGUGUGCAUUACUGCUUGGUGUUUCACACAGGGUGUAUGUAGGAAUACAUUUCUCAAAAAAAGGAUGACUUUGUCAAAAGGCUACAAUAUGCCGGAGCAUGGCAGUACUGGACUCAGACGCACAUCAGCAACAUAUGCGACGAUGUACGGGAAACUAAGCUCCUUCGUGCGAGACAACGGAGAUUCCAUGCCCAAUGACAUGAAGACCAAAGAGGGGGAAUCAAGAGUGGUGUUGAGAUUGCCUGCUUGCUAUAACAAGGUUGAUAUUUAUAAGUUGCUAAAGUCGCAAUUCGACAACACGGGUGCUCCUUGUGUUUCUCUCCAAGUUUUUUUACAACAUGUGGAGAACGCAGUUCUGGCAUGUGAAAUUUCAUGACAUUGAUCAAAACUUUGCGAAAUGCGAGAAAUGUGUUGAAUACAAAAAAUCUAUCAAUUCCGCAAAGUUCGUGCGUGUGCGUGAGUACUUUGUUUCGUUACGCGAGAAACACUUAGACUUGCAGCUCCAACAUCGUGCUGCGUAUGAGGUGUGGAAGGAUGAGUCGAAGAGACCGGGUUCCAACAGUUUGUGCAUCAUCAUUGACGGCAUGGACCAAAGUAAGACCAGCAUUCCACACUUUGACGGAGAGAACAAAUCGAAGGCAUUCGC